UUAUUAUUAUUAUUAUUCAACUAUUUCAUUGCCACUCACCAUUUAAGGCCUUGUUUGGAUUCACUCAUUUUAUUGAACUUAUUUACUCACAUAAGUACUUGUGAGACUUUCCGAGAGAAUUUAUAAAAACAACUUAUUUUCAGUUUAUCUACCGGCAUAAACACUUGUGAGACUCUUCAGACUCAGAUUGACCUAUUUGAGCUUAUUUACUGACAUAAGCACCUGUGAGACUGUUCAUAAGUUGUUUUCAACUUAUUUUCCUAAGUUUUCCAGGAUAGCUUACCAAAAGAGCUUAUAAUAUAUACAGAAACAAUGUAACUUCAUUUUUUUUUUUUAUAGAAAUAACUUAUACAUAAGCGCUUAUCAUGGCAAGUGCUUAUGCUUUAAACGUAAAAUUAAGCUGUUUAUCCAAAUGGGGCCUAAGUCUUACAAGUUUACUUCAAUUCAUCUGCCAUGUAAAAUGUUUAAUCCGCCAACGUGUGUUGGCUUUGACUCAACCUUAAAAUGGAAUUGUUUUGACAAAAAGGGCUAAAUUAGGGUUGGAUUCAUAUUUUAAUUAAGUACUUUGACCUUGUAAUUAGGCAGCUACCAUUGCUAAUCCUUAUGCUUAACCUUGUACUUUGACUUUAUAAUUGUGUUGACAUUAUUAUUAUGAGGGAAAUAGUAGAUUACAUCCAUACUUUUAAGUUUGAACUUUGAUAAAUUGAAUGAAGAGUUGUUUCUUUUUGAAUCGCUGUAGUAAAGUUAAGUAACAGAAAAUGUUGAAAAUGUUGAUGCUGAUUAUUAUUACUUGGGUGCAAUAAAAAUCUUCCCUUCAAAGGGAGACACAUGUUAUGGGAAGAACAUUUGUGAAUGUAUAACCUAGCUCUGCAGUUUUGUUGAUUCAAAGCAUUGUGUUAUCAAUUGAUAAUGAACAUGCACAUACCAUAUGUUGGGGGUCUGAUGGAACAUGAAAACAAGGUGAUGCAUGACAAUAGGAAAAAACAAUUUACCGUGGAGAGUUGCAAACAUUUCAACCACCAUCUCCAAAUACUUUACGAUGGCGCCAUCCGUUUUGAUACCACUUGUUGGGGGUAUGGGGGUACCUUACACAGUUACACCAAUGGUUCAAGGCAAUAAAUUGCAAGGUUCUUGUGCAUCAAAAGCUUCAAGGCACAAAAAAAUUCAAAAUGAGUAUAAUACUUUGAGGUUCUGGCAGCCAAGUUUAAAUCAUUACUGCAAAGGGGCUGAAGGACGGUCUACAUAUCAAGAAUGCAAUGGAAAAUUUGUAGUGAAAGCGGCACCUGAACAAUCUUUUGAAUCUGAACAUCCUGCUUUUGAUCCAAAAAACAUUUUGGUCGCUGUUAAAAAUUCCUUGGAUGCUUUCUACAGAUUUUCCAGGCCACACACGGUUAUUGGCACAGCAUUAAGCAUAAUUUCGGUUUCUCUCCUUGCAGCGGAGAAAUUAUCAGAUAUAUCCCCACUAUUUUUUACAGGUGUAUUGGAGGCUGUAGUAGCUGCCCUGUUUAUGAACAUUUAUAUUGUUGGUUUGAAUCAAUUGUCUGAUGUUGAAAUAGACAAGAUAAACAAACCAUAUCUUCCAUUGGCAUCCGGAGAAUAUUCCUUUGCAACUGGUGCCAUUAUUGUUGUAUCUUCUUCAAUUCUGAGUUUUUGGCUUGCCUGGAUUGUAGGUUCAUGGCCAUUGUUUUGGGCUCUUUUCAUCAGUUUUGUGCUAGGGACGGCUUAUUCCAUCAAUGUGCCCCUGUUGAGAUGGAAGAGAUUUGCAGUGCUCGCCGCUAUGUGCAUUCUUUCUGUUCGUGCAGUUAUAGUUCAACUAGCAUUUUUCCUUCACAUGCAGACUUUUGUGUACAAGAGGCCAGUUGUCUUUUCAAGACCAUUGAUCUUUGCAACUGCAUUCAUGAGCUUCUUCUCUGUAGUUAUAGCAUUGUUCAAGGAUAUACCUGACAUUGAAGGAGAUAAAAUAUUUGGCAUCCAAUCUUUUUCAGUACGUUUAGGUCAGAAGCGGGUAUUUUGGAUUUGUGUUACCCUUCUUGAAUUGGCCUAUGGAGUCUCCCUUGUAGUUGGGGCAACAUCUUCUUGCCUAUGGAGUAAAAUUGUUACGAGUCUGGGACAUGCUGUACUUGCGUCAAUUCUUUUCAAUCAUGCCAAAUCUGUAGAUUUGAAAAGCAAAGCUUCCAUAACAUCUUUCUACAUGUUUAUCUGGAAGCUAUUUUACGCAGAGUACUUCCUCAUACCUUUAGUUAGAUGAGAAUGCAGCGGUAUUGUUGAUCUGAGAACUAAUUUUACUUAAAUGAUGCUGUUUUAGACCUUUGAUUUUAUAAUUGGUUUAUCUGCAAUUGUAAAUGAAGGGUUAUUUCUUUUUUAGCUUAUAGUGGUUUCUCUAAUAAUAAUAAUUUCUUUUGCCUAUUAUGAAAAAAACUAAAAAAACUCUGGCUUCAAGCAUUCUUAUUCUUAAUCUUAUUACUCU